GACUUGAAUACUAGGACAGCCACUAAAUUCAUUGCACUUUGCAGUGGCAUGGCCGAUUCUCUGGCCGGCACAAGUUUUUAACAUAACACGAUUCCUACUACUGUCGUGGAGUUUCUUUGAGUUACUUCGAGCUAUUCUUGGUAAAUAACUUUUUCCUCGAGAUUAUCUGUUCUUUCGUCUGGUGGAGCGUAAACAAGCAAUGACGAAAUCGACCGCCAAAUCUCGUAACGGACAGACGAAAACAGUCGUCUCGAAUGCCUCAUCUCCUACCAAAGGGAAAACCGAUAGAAAGGGCAAAGGUGAUGGUACCACCAACGAAAAAUCGCCGAAUAACACUUCAAACGGAAAAGUCAAACACAGAACUCUGUCUGCAGUUCAGACUGGUGGAGGAAACGAGGUACAAAAGGGAGCUAAGAAAAACAUGAAAACCAUUGAAAAGAAUGGCCUAACCUCCCUCAGCCCAGAAUUGAUGCAGUUAAAGAAGAUGAGGGAAGAAGAACGCCAAGAGAGGGAAGGAAUAGUCCUGUGGAAAAGGCCAUUUACUACUCUCCACUAUUUCACCAUUGAGCUGUGCCUCAACAUUCAAGAAUAUGCCCUAAAGUUAUGGGCUUACAAGUUUUCAGUAUUGUUUAGCAUCAGCUUAAUGGUGCUGAGUGUUGUAGCAUAUCACACCCCAGGACCUCACCAAGAACAUAUUGUUUCUGUUGAGAAGCAAGUUAUGUGGUGCCUUUAUUGGCUGGGACUAGGUGUUCUCAGCUCUGUAGGCCUUGGUACUGGACUACACACAUUCUUACUCUAUUUGGGGCCUCACAUUGCGGCAGUCACGCUUGCCGCAUAUGAAUGCGGUACCUUAAAUUUUCCCUCUCCGCCCUAUCCGGAUAACAUCAUCUGUCCGGAAAAUGAGACAUCUCAGCUGCCUGUGACGCUUUGGUCUAUAAUGGCAAAAGUGCGGCUGGAAGCAAUGAUGUGGGGCGCUGGAACAGCCUUAGGUGAGCUGCCACCUUAUUUUAUGGCUAGAGCCGCACGAUUGUCAACAGUAGGCAACAAAGGAAAACGGGGACGGAGGCGCUCUAGUAUUGAGCUUAACGAUGAUAUUGAAAAACUAGUUGAAUUCGAAACCCUACAACUCAAACAGCAGCACCCUGAACAGAUGACUUUACUUGAUCGCCUAAAAUUAGGCGUUGAACGUUUAGUAGAGCGUGUUGGAUUCUUUGGCAUCUUGGCAUGCGCCUCGAUUCCCAAUCCGCUCUUCGAUUUAGCAGGGAUUACGUGCGGCCAUUUCCUAGUGCCGUUCUGGACUUUCUUUGGAGCUACAUUAAUAGGAAAAGCUAUUAUUAAAACGCAUUUGCAACAGUUAACAGUGAUCGUGGCGUUUAAUGAGAAUUUGGUGAACAAACUAAUGACAUCCUUGGAAAAUGUUCCAAUAAUAGGAUCACGGUUAAAGGAGCCUUUAGAACAAUUGUUCAGAAGCCAAAAAGCCAAAUUGCAUGCUAAGGAGGGCACGAUACCAUCCGAAGGAGGCAGCCUGUUAGCUUCUCUUUUCGAAAAGCUCGUGAUGGUCAUGGUGAUAUAUUUCGUCAUUUCAAUCGUCAACUCACUGGCGCAAAGCUAUCAUCAUCGGUUACAAACACGUAAGCAGAAUGUAACUGCGGCCACUCCUCGCCAAGCUAACAAGAAUCGCAGUAAAAGCCAGACAAUCAUCGCAAAACAAGCUUAAAUUGACGUUAUGCUAGCCAUUCUGUUUUUUUUUCUUUCUUUUAAAGUAAAUUGUUUAAGUAGAUAUAAAGUCUUUUUUGUUGACGAUGAUUUACUCAGAUGAUCAACUAUUUGUUUUUUUUCUGAAAGAAAAAUGGCAGGUUUAGAGAGUGUUUUUUUUCUUGAGCAUUUCUAGGUCUGAAAGAAAAAAAAUCUUUUGUUCUCCCGCCAAUUUCAGUUUGCAUCCUUUACAUUCCCUUCCUCAACAAGGUGCCCGGUCGUGUGCUGUUUUGUUUUUUUCUGAUUUAGUCUAAUUUAAGGCUCCAGGAGCCGUAUAUUCCCUUUUUAUAUAUAGUGUGUGAACGCCUUGCUAGGCCCCCGUUUUGUCCCCAACAUCCCGCCUGUCAUUCACUUUCCGUGUUCGUGUGUGUGAGUGCGUAUCAGUGUUAUCAUACUUGGUCGUGUGUAUCAGAAUGGGUGGCAAUACAAGUGGAGCUGUGUAAAUUUA